AAAAAUGCCAUGACAGUUCCAAAGACAGAAUGCAGAAAGACAUAGCUUUUUAUUUUGUACCACCUUGACAAUUUUUCCUGGUUUCAUUUUGUACUGGGACCAGCAGAUAAUGCAUACAUCUCUCUCAGACACUUCAGCAGCAGUUCCAUUCAGCCUUCUGAGGCCAGUCUUACUGGACCUCUCCUCCACUGGGCUCUGUUGGCUUCCUUGCCUUUUCUCACCUGGCAGUUCAUUCACUCAGUCCUCCACUUCUUUGAGUUCUGUGUCUAUCAACCACAGGUGAAGAUACUUGAAAAACCUGCAUGUGUACUGAGCAUGUGCAGACCUUCUUGUUAAUCCUUUAAUACAGUAUAAUACCUAUUUGCUUAGCAUUUUAAUCCAGAGGUGAGCUACAGGUCAAAAAGAGUGUUGGUUAUAUGCAAACACUAUACCAUUUAACUCAUGGAGUUUGGCAAUCUGCAGAUCCAAUAGCUGUAGAGGGACUUUGGAAUGGCAUCCUGGGGAUGCUUAAGGAUGACUCUGUGUCUUCCUCAGGGGACUACCAUCCAUCAGUUUUGAAACUGUCACUUUCCCUAACGGGUCUGUCAUGAAAGGCUUGGGGGUAGACUUUACAAUUUUAGCCAGCUGGAUGGGCCAGAAUGCCUGGGCCAUCUUCAGAAAAGUAACAGUGAACAUAGAGAUUUAGACUUUCUAGGGCCAGGUCAUGAGGCAGAAGAGCAGGUUCCAGAGACAGCUGUUUUGUAAAUGAAAUGAUUUAAUGUUUCACCCCCUCAGAAAAUCUGUCUACAACUUCAUGAACCUCCAAUAACUCCCUCUGUGGGAAUUCUCUGAGGCUGCUCACACCCCACACCUCUAAUUCCUCAUGGCAAUUCGUUGCCAUGAUCAUCAUCUUUUAUAUCUGGUCAACUCUAACUUGAGCUUUAUUUCUCCAAGCAGAUUCUGGUAACAUCAUAGACACAGCAGGCAGGAAAAAGUAAGACGUUCACAUCCAGCUAAAAAUGUAAGCUAAAAAUGCAGGAAUUACAAGAAAAUAUUUAAAAAUCAACAUGAACACAAUAAACAUUCACAAAGAACUGCAUCUCACCAUGUUAGACAAAGAUGCAUCUAAACUGCAUGUUGGCUGCACCGAGGCCCAAGCCUACUCUGCUGGGCCCCAUGUUUCAUACUUUCUUGCCCAGUAGCUCUGCAGAAACGAACAGAUAGAUUGCUUGCUUGGCUGGAGUCAUCAGUUUGAAAUUCAUAGAGUGGUCAGGAUGGCUCGGGCGAGCUGUGAUGAUGGGCUCUGAAAAUAGUGACUGUGCACCACAAAUCAGCCAAGAAAGGACCCGGUCCCUGUGCUCCCAGGUUGGAGUAUCUUCUGCCUUCCUGAUGGUUCCCAUGCCUGUGCUGUCCCGUUGUGUAUCAGACUCUGAUGGUAACCCCUCUUACCACCACCGGCUUGUUACAAUACCUGUUCAAAUGGAAUCCUGCCAGAUCUCAUUGUUUGGGUGUCACAAUUAAUAUAACACGGCUACAGCCAGUCUUGUGAAUUGUUGUGACACGUGACUUGUUUAAUACUGUAAUUGACUCUUUAUUUCAGAUUUUUUCAGGCAAAAUGAGAUUAGAAGGACAAAGUCAUCUGAACAAAGAAAAGGAACAUGGUUUUUUUUGUUGUUGUUUUGGGGGUUUUUUUGGGGGAGGGGGUGGUGUUAUAUAUAGUUCAUUUUCAGUAUGAGUCUGUCUUAAGAAAGAAUUUAAAGAAAAAAGGUAGCUCCGAGUUAUGCGUAUGAAAAUAAGUAGUAAAACAUCCCGGGGCUCCUUAGGGCCUCUUGAUUUCUCUGCCUACAAUAUCCUUAUUUCAGAGCUGUUCACAAGGCCCCCUGGAAGACCUGGGCCCCACUGUAAACUGCCCUUGCUUACCUGCGCCUGGCUUUUCCUCGUGGCCACCAGGGGGCCGUCUGGGUGGAAUUGGAUUGGAGACGCUGCAGCUUUCCUUCAAACCAACCAAAACAUCCCAAGGCAGCUUUGGACCAAAGCCCAGGAACACGCCUGCAAAAACAACCCUCACUCUAGAGUCCGCAAGUACUUGGUGCGGCUUCAUUCGGGGCGAAGAAUAAAACAGAUUUCUUGCGAAGUAUCCAAAGGGCAACCGAGUCUGUGCAGGCCGCUGGGAAAGGCAACGUGUUCAUCCAAAAGCUGCGAUCUGAAGCUUUUUCUCCUCAAUCCCGAAUUCUUUCUGCCCAGGCAUUCACCUCAGUUGCUAGUGCAGUGGCCAGAGGUGCCGGCCUCUCAACCUUCGCCUUUCCUGUGGACGGCCAAGAGACGCUGCAACAAAACUCUGAUCACCCGUGGGAAAUCCAGAAAACUCUUUAAAGUAAUCUGGACAUUAUUCCCUCCGUUCAGUUACAAGUCAGGCAGGCUCGGGGCACUGCGCUGCAUUACAUGAAUAUAUUGAAGAAAUGAUUUCAAGGUAUUUUUAACACUGCAAAAGAACAUAAUUGUAUUCUGUCCUCAGAGUAGUUUUGUAGCAACUGUAACUUCCCACUGGCUGUGUGUUCUCUGAGUACUCGGCAUUUUUCCAAUAAAACCUACCUCCGAGGCGCAGUCGGAGACGGCCCGGGUCAUCUGGAGCAGAACACCAGUCGCUCGCUGUGUUUUCUCCUAACCUGAGUGCUCGGCCUUCCCGGACUUGAGGUACGGACAUUUCGGAGUUGUGUGCUUGCAAGAACAGAACCCUUUCAAGGGUAAUAAUUAUUUUUGUCUUCCGGUUUUAUUUGUAUAUUUCCAAGACGGAGGCAAAAUGAGGCGUCUCUUUAAACUCUGCUUGUGGAACCAAACCGGCACACACUCGCAGGAAAGGAUAAUGGGGUGUGUGAGGCCCCCCCACCCCGUUUCGUUUAGGGCAAGCAAGGUAUUGUCCAGCGGUGUGGGGACUGCAUAGCGUCCAGAGCCCCGGAAGGAUCUGAGCGCCCUGUGGUCUCAUGCGCGCCACAAGUGGUUUGGGGGCGGAAGGAGGAGCGCGGCGACACCUGCCGCGCUGUCGGGCGAACCCAGAGGGUUGUGCUCCUGGAGGUCCUCUCUAUCUCCUGUCAUUCACACACACACACCCACACCCCCCGCACACUCCUGCCUCUUCAACUGCAGGAAUGACCGCCCAACUCCAACCUCCGCGCGCCAGCAGUCGGGUGGGUGGGCGCGCGGCCACCAGACCCGCAGCUACGUGACCCCAGGGAGGGCGGCGCCCAAGGCACUGGCACCGCGGAGUCACAGAGGGGGACGUCCGCACCUAGGCGGCAGGUGCACAGGCGGCAGCGCGGGACACCGGAGUGACGGGCUGCUCGGGCGGUGAUGAGGUGCGCGGUCGGGAGGCCAUUUCGUCGCUGCGCUCCUGGCGGAGCUGGGAUGGCCUGAGCCUGUCGCGGCUGCUGCCGCGCGAGUCAGACCGGCUGGAGGACUAGAGGGGACGAACGAUCAGCGGUCCUCCAGCCGGCGUGGAGCUGGCGCCCCAGUCCCGAGUAAGGCUGUGCGCCUGGACCCCGGGAGGCGGGGCCUCGGGCCCCGCACCUCGCCGCCCUUGCAGAUCGCAGCGAGAGGUUGCCAAUGUCCUGGGACCCGCGCCGCGCCCCUCGAUCUGUGGUUUCCAUCUCGUCGGAGGACCUGAGCGGUACCGAGCUUCGCACAUGACUUAGUAAGGAAAUGCCAGUGCAGAAGAGGACACAGCAUGACUACUAACCUAUGACUCCUAACAGUAUGACAGAAAAUGGCCUUCCAGCCUGGGACAAACAGAAGCCCCGUCCAGAGCGAGGACAGGAUUGGAAGCUCGUAGGAAUGUCCGAAGCCUGCCUGCACAGGAAGAGCCAUGUGGAGAGGCGCGGUGCACUGAAGGAUGAGCAAGCAUCCCCACACCUCAUCCAGGCCACUUGGACGAGUUCUAUAUUCCAUCUGGAUCCUGACGAUGUGAACGAUCAGAGCGUCUCAAGUGCCCAGACCUUCCAGACCGAAGAGAAGAAAUGUAAAGGGUAUAUCCCCAGCUAUUUAGACAAGGAUGAGCUGUGUGUAGUGUGUGGGGACAAAGCCACGGGGUACCACUACCGCUGCAUCACCUGUGAAGGCUGCAAGGGUUUCUUUAGAAGAACCAUUCAGAAAAGUCUCCAUCCAUCUUAUUCCUGUAAAUAUGAAGGAAAAUGCGUCAUAGACAAAGUCACUCGCAACCAGUGCCAGGAAUGUCGCUUUAAGAAAUGCAUCUAUGUUGGCAUGGCAACAGACUUGGUACUGGAUGACAGCAAGCGGCUAGCCAAGCGGAAGCUGAUCGAGGAGAACCGUGAGAAGAGGCGCCGGGAAGAGCUGCAGAAAUCGAUUGGGCACAAACCGGAGCCCACGGAUGAGGAGUGGGAGCUCAUCAAGACGGUCACCGAGGCCCAUGUGGCCACCAAUGCCCAGGGCAGCCACUGGAAGCAGAAGCGGAAAUUUCUGCCAGAAGACAUUGGACAAGCACCCAUCGUGAACGCCCCAGAAGGUGGCAAGGUUGACCUGGAAGCCUUCAGCCAUUUUACAAAAAUCAUCACACCAGCAAUCACCAGAGUGGUGGAUUUUGCCAAAAAGUUGCCCAUGUUUUGUGAGCUGCCCUGUGAAGACCAGAUCAUCCUCCUCAAAGGCUGCUGCAUGGAGAUCAUGUCCCUUCGAGCUGCUGUGCGCUACGACCCAGAGAGCGAGACUCUAACCUUGAACGGGGAAAUGGCAGUGACGCGGGGCCAGCUUAAAAAUGGGGGUCUCGGGGUGGUGUCGGACGCCAUCUUUGACCUGGGCAUGUCUCUGUCCUCUUUCAACCUGGAUGACACGGAAGUUGCCCUGCUUCAGGCUGUCCUGCUGAUGUCUUCAGAUCGCCCAGGGCUGGCCUGUGUUGAGAGAAUUGAGAAAUACCAAGACAGUUUCCUGCUGGCCUUUGAACACUAUAUCAAUUACCGAAAGCACCACGUGACACACUUUUGGCCCAAGCUCCUGAUGAAGGUGACAGACCUGCGGAUGAUUGGAGCCUGUCAUGCCAGCCGCUUCCUGCACAUGAAGGUGGAGUGCCCCACGGAGCUCUUCCCCCCUCUGUUCUUGGAAGUAUUCGAGGACUAAGAGGACUGGGCAGGUUCUCGUCAUUCCUGCAGCGCUACUGGAUGUCGUUUCAUUCCACCUCUGGCUCUUUGUGUUGUUGUUUCCUUGUUGCUUUGUGUCUGUCGGGUGGGGUCAUCCGGAGUCAGUGGGUCACCUAGGCAGAGACGGAAACUGUCUCUUGAAUGUGGGUCUUUGUAACUGUCGCAUUUGUUCUCCAGUCCUUAGUGUGAAUGCUUUGAAGGGUUUACAGCAGUGCAGGGGGAGUGGGGGAUACUCAUUAUCUCACCAGCACCAGCCAUCACCAGCUCCCAUCUGUCCCUGGUCGGAGACUCAAGCAAGUCAAACGGCACUGCAGAAAACUAAAGAAGCCUUAAAGCCACGACCGCAGUCAUCCUGAUCCAGUUCUGAUGUGCGCAGGGCGAAGCUGGCAGAGCCCAGGCCCCCUCGGGUUGGGUGUGGCUUUCAGAGUGUAAGGGUUAGAAGCAGAUUCUACCUAGGAGCUCACCAUUUCCAGCACCCUGACUCUCCAAGCAGCAUGACUUGGAAUGUGCAGGAAUAGCCACACCAUAAUCAGUCAGCUUUCCUUCCUGUGGCCUUUUGUAACCUGGUGAUUUACUUCAAGUUGGACAGAGCAUGACUUGAAGACUUGGCUGGUUUGAGGCCACAAGGAGAGUCUUUUUCUCAGCAUGCCCAUAGAGCUGGGAAAUCUCCAUCAAUGUUACAAGCAUAGUUUCCAAAAUGCAAGUGGUAUUACCUCGAGCAGGAAGGUGUCUCCACAGCUUACAUAGAUUCACAAGCCAUUUCCACAAAGCUCAAGCCUGUUUACAGAGUGCCGUUGUCUCUGUGGUGGCUCUGAACCAGUCCUUUCCCCAGCUCACAGAGGUCUUUAUCCAGGUUGUCCUUUGGGCUGGGAUGUCACUUCCCGAUGCAUUAGAACUUCUGAUCGGGGAGAGACACACGUGUUGAAAUUCCAGUCUUGUUUGGAAAAAUCCCUGGGCAAGAUCAGUGCAGGAAUAUUCUGAUCCAAAGGAAAUGCACUACUCAUGGGCUGUCAUGGAGAAGGCUGUCCCAUGGCUGGAGGAUGCUUUCACUGGUCUUGGAUCCGUAAGAGCUUUACUUUAUUCACAAUUCUCUCCCAGCCCCUCACCUCCCCACUACAGUCUGUGGUACUAAGCAGUUUGACUCUCUCUAAACACUAAUUCUUCUAUAGCUUAAACAUCAUUACACGGGCAAACCGUCCUCAUAAAACAACGGCAGACCAUGCAUAAGAACCCAGUUACCUUUGCUGCCCAGCCUACCCCCAAUGACUAGCGUACAGUAGACGUUCCUGAGAAACAAGUAGUAACAACUUACUGCAAACGGGCAAAGAAUGUACCCAUGCCACUGAAUGUACCCCGUUCUUCACUGACAUAGCAGUAUGAACUACUCCUUUGCCUGCCUGUCACUGCCUUAUCCUGGAAAUACCAGGGGAAACAAGCCAUAUCAGCAAGACUUACCUAAAAACAAAGGAAAGGAAGUCACUGUGAAGACUGAGGACACGCACUUGCAUUCAUUAGACUUUGGAGCACACUUGGCCUCCCUGGAAGUCAGGGCCCCUGAGUUCUAGUUUGUGCUUGGCCGCCUGGUCAGUUUAGAACCUCACAGUUUCAGUUUUCUAACUGGGUAAAUAAGUCAAUCUAAAAUCCCUCUUAUUUUCUCUGUUUAUGACCUUCCAGUAAAGGGGUGGGGAGUGUCCUUGAAAGAUUCCUUUCAUAUUCAAACGUGUUGCCUUUAUCAGACAAAAGGAAAGGCCCAUUCACAACUGAGAAAUGUAUCUGGCUUUUAUUCAAAAUAAGAGUUUGACUCAGAAGAAGGCAGAAUGGCCUUGGGAGAGGAGAGGCGCAGUGCUCAACAUCUCCAGAGCCUGUGGAAAUAGUCUAGGGGGAAGGCACGUCUGUGUGCUAAAGACCGACUUCCCAGGUAAAGAAAAUGAGAACGCUCUGUGGACUUGGUGUAGAUAUUAAAAUAGAAGCAAGAAGCCCCAUAGAUUCAUGUUUAAACAUCCAGUGAGGGUUUGCUUUUCCAGGCAGCCUGUAGCCGGCCUCCUCCCUCACAAACUUCAUUAAACAUCUGUUCUCUCUGUCAACUCUCCUGGAGGACCUCUGUCCAGACAAUAAAAACAAGCUUGCUGUGAGGCAAGUUCUCCCAAAAGGCGAGGGAGGGAGGCCGGCCGGUGAGUCCCGCACAGGCUCACACUCUGCUAGGACAGAAGAGUUUCUGAGGAAGUUUCCUGAUUCCGAUGGCUUCUGAAGGACAUCAGACACCUGGAUUCCAGCAUUAGUACAGGACUUUGGACCGGGGUCAUUGAGGGUGCCUUAGGGAUUAACCACCACGGGGCACAAGCCCAAUCCUCAGCCGUCCAGUCAGCCCCAGCACGUUAUCCUCACUCUGUAAAAGUUCACCUUCAAGGGGCAGACCCAGCUCUAGCAAGCGUGCUGGAGGCUGAGCAUUCCUACUGAAUAAGAUAUGCAAGCUUCAGUCUUCUGGCAGAAGGAACAAGGCCAGCAGGACAUCAGAAUGACUAAAGUCGUGCCCCCCUCCAGGAAACUCCGUUUUAUGAAACUAGAUUGUGAGGAAUUGGCUCCCAACUUUUUUUCUUUUCUUUUUAAAAAGCAUUUUCUUCUAAUCUUGUCCAGACUUUCAAAUCAAGUGGAUGUGGUGGAAAGAACCUUCGUACCUGCCCCACUGUGGGGAGACAUUCCAGUCAAGGAGAACAUGCCCAUCCCACCCACCGGGAUGCUCGGGAUGCUCACUUACAAAUCAAUGUAUGGAUGAGAAGGCUGUGCACAUACAAUAGACGUGUGUGUGCACAUGUGUGUGUACGUGUGUUUGUUCCCUCAAGUGUGCUUUGCACUUCGGUGUCAAUGUGCAGAACUUCCAGAAACUGGGAGGAAAAAGAACAACUUUUAUUCUCUAUGAUUCUGCUGAAAACACCACGUGCCGCCUCUGAGCUUUUUCUAAUGUGGUGAGCCUCCGUCCUCAGUGAUGCGCUUGUGUGCUGGAGCCUCGGCCCAGCCCGCCCCCGCCUGUGGCCCCAGUGCCACCUCCGCCCAGUGCAAUCUCGGGGAGAGUGAGGCUGGCUCCACUCUGCACGUUAACCUGCGGGGCUGGCGCCCAAGCCUUGAUCUCCUCACACUCAGCCCUCCCCAGCCCAGCCUCAUGACCUGCUGGGCCUCUUCAGAGCAUGUCAUUGUCAGUAAGACAUCUUCAUUCUGUGGAACUCAAACCUAUCCAUGUCAUAUUGACCUUUUGCUGCAUGAGUCAUAAAUUAUGAAAUCAGUCUUAUGGUUUUUGAGAUGUAGCCAGCGUUUUGUAAGGCUAAACCUUUUUCAUGAACUUAAUUGAAUAACCAAACACAGAUCCUCCUUAAAAUGAGAGACGACAGACAAUUGACUCUCUUGGCCCUUUCUAAUGGCGAUGGCAUCAGGUCCUACAAUAAGCUCAUAAUUUCCUGUUAUUUUAAUAAUGCGGAAAUGUUAGCAUAGUGUUUCUUUUGAUAGUGAUAGACUGAUCCAUAUUUAAAUUUUAUAGAGAAGAAAUUUUAUUGUACUGUGAUGUAGAUAUUUAUUAUCCAGGUAAGGAUUUGCCCGGUGUGUAUUUUUUACAAUUGAAACAUUUUACUUUAAUCUUUAAAAAAAGAAAAAAAAAGACAUUAAAAACACACACAUACAAAAAAAGGCUAGGGAAAAAAAGGUUUGGCCUUAUCACAGAAUUUUUACUGUGUUGUAUAAAUGUUUGCAAAUGAAAAAUUACACAUUUCUAGUGUGUUUCCACAUUAAUUAAUGCGCCUUCAGGAGCAAUGUUGUGCAGGUAAACACUGAGUGUGGCUUUCUGUUGCACAGCUCAAGCUGACCCACCUUAUGCACAAGACAAUCAAAUGUGAGUCUUUCCUCUGAGGAUGUGGACAGUACUCAAGAGAUCACACUGAGACAAAGGAAGAGACAUUAGGCAGGCCGGUGCGCUGAUGGGGAGACGUCAGGGCAUGAGUGCACUCGUGUGGCCCAAUGCCACUUCCUCCCUUUGGUUGUUGUUGUGACCUUGGCAUCUGUCAUUUGACAUCAUAUAGCCAAAGUAGUUCUCCAUGCUUUCUUCAGAGAAGAUGAUUCUUUUUUCCACAAUGUUUCAUGCCCUGAGAAUCAGGAAAAAACAAAAGGUACAGAAUAGAGAGGUUUACAGUCAGUGGAAGAUUUGUGUUUUGCAAACAGUGUUAAGUGAUACUGCUAGAUUGGUAAUAUUUUUUUCAGCCUAAAAUUGUUGAAAUCUGUGAUCAAAAUGUUUUAAACUAUCCAAAAAGAAAAUUUGUAUAUUUGGGAAAAUGGAUUUUUACAUAGCUUUUGUAUGCAGAUAUUAAAUUGUAAUUAUGAAUAUAGUGGGCAUAGAUACUCAUAAGCUUAAAUUCUAAAAAAGAAAAAAAGAAAAAGCUUACAAUGGA